UUCCCAGUUAGUGGGUAACAUCUGAUUCUCCUUCCCAGAGACAGACUCCAGUGAGAGACUGGGGGUUUAGGGGCCCAGGGGGGGCUGGCUAGGGCCCAGGGACAGAAUGUCCUUGUAGCUGUAGAGUAUGAAACAAGAAAGUGAUCCAGCAUCUUGAGAAGCUGAGUCAAAAAGCCAAGCCAACCAUCUAAGCUGUGAUUUUCAAGGUAUGGACUCUAGCCAACUGGUAGGCUACAUGCAACUUCCUGAUGUUCCACAAACUGAUUCCCAAAUCCCUCCGGAAUACACAGCAUAUAGCCCCCCCUGAGGUGGAAUGGUGAUGUCUCCAUGAGGGAACCUCCUCUCAUUCAUCCUGUCAUGUGUAUCAUACUGUUCUCGCCUGGGCCAUUCAUCUGAGAUGGGAUUUACCCCGUGAAACAGGGAGAAGACUUAUGGACCCCCAACAUCAUUUCAAGUUGUAGUUGAGUUUUUUUUUUUUUUUUUUUUUCUUCUUCUAAAGUACAGGACAUACAUGCAAAGCUCCUCUGCUUUGGGCCCUCUGCUUUGUUAAAGCCACUGUCUGGCUGACCUAGAACUGCUCCAGUUGACGGAUCAUCAUGGCUUCAGUUUGGAAGAGACUGCAGCGUGUGGGAAAACAUGCAUCCAAGUUCCAGUUUGUGGCCUCCUACCAGGAGUUGAUGGUUGAGUGUACCAAGAAAUGGCAACCAGAUAAACUGGUGGUAGUUUGGACAAGAAGAAGCCGAAGGAAGUCUUCUAAGGCUCAUAGUUGGCAACCUGGAAUAAAAAAUCCAUACCGUGGUGUUGUAGUGUGGCCUGUUCCUGAAAACAUUGAAAUCACUGUGACACUUUUUAAGGAUCCUCAUGCAGAGGAAUUUGAAGAUAAAGAGUGGACAUUUGUCAUAGAAAAUGAAUCCCCUUCUGGUCGAAGGAAAGCUCUUGCUACUAGCAGCAUCAACAUGAAACAGUAUGCAAGCCCUAUGCCAACUCAGACUGAUGUCAAGUUAAAAUUCAAGCCAUUGUCUAAAAAAGUUGUAUCUGCAACUCUCCAGUUUUCAUUAUCUUGCAUUUUCCUUCGGGAAGGAAAAGCCACGGAUGAAGACAUGCAAAGUUUGGCUAGUCUGAUGAGUAUGAAGCAGGCUGACAUUGGCAAUUUAGAUGACUUCGAAGAAGAUAAUGAAGAAGAUGAUGAGAACCGAGUGAACCAAGAGGAAAAGGCAGCAAAAAUUACAGAAAUUGUAAACCAAUUGAAUGCUCUGAGCAGCUUAGAUGAAGAUCAAGAUGACUGCAUAAAGCAAGCAAAUAUGCCUUCAGCUAAAUCAGCCAGUUCCUCUGAAGAGCUUAUCAACAAACUUAACUUUUUGGAUGAAGCAGAAAAGGACUUGGCCACUGUGAAUUUAAAUCCAUUUGGUGAUCCUGAUGUAGCAGAAUUAAACCCAUUUGGGGAUCCUGACUCAGAAGAACCCAUCACUGAAACAGCAUCACCUAAAAAAUCAGAAGAAUCUUUUUAUAAUAAUAGCUAUAAUCCCUUUAAAGAGAUACAGACUCCACAGUAUUUGAACCCAUUUGAUGAGCCAGAAACGUUUGUAACUAUAAAAGAUUCUCCUCCCCAGUCUACAAAAAGAAAAAAUGUAAGACCUGUGGACAUGAGCAAGUACCUCUAUGCUGAUAGUUCUAAAACAGAAGAAGAAGAAUUGGAUGAAUCUAAUCCUUUUUAUGAACCUAAACCAACUCUUCCUCCAAAUAAUUUGGUAAAUCCAAUUCAAGAACUGGAAACUGAAAGGAGAGUGAAAAGGAAAGCUCCAGCCCCACCAGCCAUCUCACCAAAGACAGGAGUAAAUGAAAACACAAUUAUUUCUGCAGGAAGAGAUCUGUCCACUUCUCCUAAGCCGAGUCCUAUACCAAGUCCUGUUUUGGGGCGAAAGCCAAAUGCUAGUCAGUCAUUGCUUGUAUGGUGCAAAGAAGUUACAAAAAACUACCGGGGAGUGAAAAUCACCAAUUUUACUACAUCGUGGAGAAAUGGUUUAUCUUUUUGUGCAAUAUUACAUCACUUUAGACCAGAUUUGAUUGACUACAAGUCUCUGAAUCCUCAAGAUAUUAAGGAGAACAACAAAAAGGCAUAUGAUGGAUUUGCCAGCAUAGGAAUUUCCCGGUUAUUGGAACCUUCUGACAUGGUCUUACUGGCAAUUCCUGACAAACUGACUGUUAUGACUUAUCUCUAUCAAAUCAGAGCACAUUUCAGUGGCCAAGAACUGAAUGUUGUCCAGAUAGAGGAGAACAGCAGUAAAAGCACAUACAAAGUUGGAAAUUAUGAAACAGAUACAAACAGUUCUGUUGAUCAGGAAAAGUUCUACGCAGAGCUUAGUGAUCUGAAACGGGAGCCUGAACUACAGCAGCCUACCAGUGGAGCAGUAGACUUCUUAUCGCAAGAUGACUCUGUAUUUGUAAAUGAUAGUGGGGUUGGAGAGUCAGAAAGUGAACAUCAGACUCCUGAUGAUCAUCUUAGUCCAAGCACAGCCUCCCCGUACUGUCGCAGGACUAAAAGUGACACAGAACCCCAAAAGUCCCAGCAGAGCUCUGGAAGGACUUCAGGAUCUGAUGACCCUGGAAUAUAUUACAAUACAGAUUCAACCCACGCACAAGUUUUGUUAGGCAAGAAGAGACUACUGAAAGCUGAGACUUUAGAAUUAAGUGACUUCUAUGUUAGUGAUAAGAAGAAGGAUGUGUCUCCACCCUUUAUUUAUGAGGAGACAGAGGAACAAAAGCUUCAGACUCUAGACAUUAGUAAAAACUUGGAGAAAGAAAAAUUAGAGAAUUCCAGACCCUUAGAAUGCAGAUCAGAUCCUGAAUCACCUAUCAAAAAACCAAGUUUAUCUCCCACUUCCAAACUUGGAUACUCAUACAAUAGAGAUGCAGACCUUACAAAGAAAAAACGAACUUCCCUGAGGCAGACAGAGUCUGAUCCAGAUACUGACAGAACCACUUUAAAUCAUGCAGAUCAUUCCACUAAAACAGUCCAGCAUCGAAUGUUAUCAAGACAAGAAGAACUUAAAGAAAGAGCAAGAGUUCUGCUUGAGCAAGCAAGAAGAGAUGCAGCUUUAAAAGCAGGAAAUAAGCAGAAUCCCAAUGCAGCCACACCACUCUGCAACAGGCAGCUAAGUGAUCAGCAAGAUGAAGAGCGACGUCGGCAGCUGAGAGAGAGAGCUCGUCAGCUAAUAGCAGAAGCUCGAUCUGGAGUGAAGAUGUCAGAACUUCCCAGCUAUGGUGAAAUGGCUGCAGAAAAGUUGAAAGAAAGGUCAAAGGCAUCUGGAGAUGAAAAUGAUAAUAUUGAGAUAGAUACUAACGAGGAGAUUCCUGAAGGCUUUGUUGUAGGAGGUGGAGAUGAACUUACUAACUUAGAAAAUGACCUUGAUACUCCCGAACAAAACACUAAAUUGGUAGACUUGAAGCUAAAGAAGCUCCUAGAAGCUCAGCCACAGGUGGCAAAUUCACUCUCCAGUGCUGCACAGAAAGCUAUAACUGAGAGCUCGGAACAAGAUAUUAAGAAUGGCACAGAAGAUCUCCGGACUGAGCGAUUACAAAAAGCAACAGAACGAUUUAGAAAUCCUGUUGUGUUCAGCAAGGAUUCUACAGUCAGAAAAACUCAACUUCAGUCUUUCAGUCAAUAUGUUGAGAAUAGACCAGAGAUGAAAAGGCAGAGAUCAAUACAGGAAGAUACAAAGAAAGGAAAUGAGGAGAAGGCAGCGAUAACUGAAACUCAGAGGAAGCCAUCAGAAGAUGAAGUGCUUAAUAAAGGGUUCAAAGACACCAGUCAGUAUGUUGUAGGAGAAUUGGCAGCACUAGAGAAUGAGCAAAAGCAAAUUGACACCCGUGCCGCGCUGGUGGAGAAGCGCCUUCGCUAUCUCAUGGACACAGGAAGGAACACAGAAGAAGAAGAAGCUAUGAUGCAGGAAUGGUUUAUGUUGGUUAAUAAGAAAAAUGCCUUAAUAAGGAGAAUGAACCAGCUUUCUCUCCUGGAAAAAGAGCAUGAUUUAGAACGACGGUAUGAGCUGCUGAAUCGGGAAUUGCGGGCAAUGCUAGCCAUUGAAGAAGUGCUUUGAUUUUAAACCACCCAGCAAACCUCUCCAAAAGAAAACUGGCUGUGAUGCGAUCGAGAGCUGCAGUGUAAUAUUGCAGAGCAAAUUUAUUUUUUACUUCAAAGAAAAAUGCUAAUUAGCCGAUUCACUACUUUUAAAGUUAUUGUGAAGCAUAUGGCGCCCAGUGUGAGAUACAUCCAACUGCUAAAAUAGAGCGAAGAGGAAAUUAGCGAAGAAUGGGCUGUAUGGGGUGAGCUUGGGGGUGGGGGAGGAGGAUAGGUUCUCAAGCAGAUUCUCUAGCCUUUUCAGAGUGGUUUCUAUCGCCCAUCUCGGCCUCCCGCCCCCUCAUUUACCCACUUCCCCCCUCCUCCCCUCCGGCCGAGCCUCCCUGGGCCUCUAACUCCCCCUCCCCCCCUCUGGCGAAAGCAGGUGCGCACCUCCGGCCGGCCACCAGCUCACACCUGGUCUCUUUUACAGGUUCCAGCCCAGCCUCAGCCCAUCUCCAUCUGCGGGAAGGAUUUAGGGACCUGGGCCUUGGGGUGAAAUCUUCAUCCAGCCGGCCACACUCCCCCUAAGACCCUCCCUAGUGGCUCCCUCACGGGGUUUGCGGAGAGAUGCGA